UUCGGUAUCAGCUGAUAUUUUUUUUGUAUACAAAAUUUUCUAAUAAGAAAAAGGCGUUUGACUGAGAAAAUAUGUAAUCGCCUGAGUCCAAAUUUACCAAAUGAAAUUGUUAAAUAGAUGUAUAAAAGUAAUUUCAAGUGAUGGGUGUCGUUUAAAGAGAAAAGGGAAAGACGCUAGCAAAGGAAAGGUUAAGACAAAAAUUGCAGAGCAAUUAAGAUUAAUUAAAAUUAACCAGAAGAAGAAUUGUAUUGAGUUUUACAAAGCUAUAACAAACACAUACAAGUUUGUGGCAAAAUAGUGAUUCCUAUAUUCAAAAGUAAUUGAUUUGUCUUUACCAAUUGCUACAACGAGAAUAAAAUGCCGCCUUUGAAAUCGUAUCAAAAUGAAUUUAAUGAUGGCUGUCGUAAUGGCAAGGAUUCACCGACGGACGCUGGUGCUACUUGCUCAGAUACCUCUGCCGCUAGUGAUGUAGGUCCUUCUUCAAAUAUAAUUUCAGCGCAACGUUGCAAGCCGUCGCCCUAUUGCAGUGGACAAUAUCCCUUUAAAAUGUUGGAAAAUUUAAAUCAGUUGCGUGGUGAAACUCGCUUUUGUGAUGUAGACAUAGUAGCGGGUGGUACUACUUAUGCAGCUCAUCGCGUCGUCUUAAGUGCUGCCAGUGCUUAUUUUGAAGCCAUGUUCAGGCCCGAAUUAGGUUUGAACGAAGUAAAUCAAAAGACCGUAAUUUUACACACGAUAGACGGUGAGAUUUUAAACAUUCUGCUGGACUUUAUUUACACGGGGAGAUGUGAAAUCACACAGACCAAUGUUCAGGAACUCUUGGCCGCUGCGGAUAUGUUACAGUUGCAUGAAGUAGUUGACGGCUGUUGCGAAUUUUUAUGUCGUGAAUUACAUGCCAGCAAUGCUUUAGGUAUUUUACGCUUUUCAGAGGCACACCAUUGUGAAGCAUUAACUAAAAGCGCACUAAAUUUUGUGCAUGCUAACUUUCCGGCGAUUACCGAAGAAGACGAAUUCUUGGAUACUCCACAAACUUUACUUUCUCAACUGUUAACAUCAGAACUUUUGCGAGUUGAUUCCGAAUCACAAGUAUUUCAAGCUGCUUUACGUUGGAUUAAACACGAUGUUACCCAACGACGAUGUUAUGUUUUUGAAAUUCUCUCAUUGGUGCGCUUAGCGUUGGUACCAGUCAAAGUUAUCGAUCAGGCUUUAAGGGAUUGUCGCGAUAUGUCAGUAAAAGUAGCCUUGCGGUCCAUUUGCCGUGAUAUAGCAUCAAAGCGCGGUCAAUUGGUUCCGUUACGCGUAUGUCCACGCGAAUUAGCCAAAAAAAAUAUCUACAUAAUUGGUGGAUCGCGACGGGAAACUUCAACCACAUGGAAUCCAGAGGACGACAUAUUCGAUACGGUGGCUAAGUUUGAUAUAUUCCGUCGUGAAUGGAAUGAAACGGCACCAAUGGAGAUUGGUCGAAUUUUACCGGGUGUCGCGGCAUUAAAUGGUAAAAUCUAUGUUGUGGGUGGAGAGAGAGGUGCCCAAAUUCUGGCCAAUGGCGAAGUUUAUGAUCCGCAAAAUGAUUGCUGGUUACCAAUAGCUCCAAUGGUAGUGCCACGGUGUGAGUUUGGAUUGUGCGCUUUAGGCAAUAGUCUAUUAGCUGUGGGUGGAUGGAUUGGUGACGAUAUAGGGGAUUCGAUUGAAUGCUACCACUCCGAGGAAAAUGUGUGGCAAAUUAUAGGCAACUUGCCUGAACCGCGUUUUAGUAUGGGGGUAGUAAGCUUUGAGGGCCUUAUCUAUAUUGUGGGUGGUUGUACUACAUCUACGCGCUAUUUGCCGAAUUUAGUGAGCUAUAAUCCUGUUACGCAGGAAUGGGAAUGUUUAGCUCGAAUGCAAGUUCCCCGCUGCCAAAUGGGUGUCGCCAUAUUGGACCGUUAUCUUUACGUUGUGGGUGGUAACAGUAGCUCACAAGGAGUAUUAAGUUCAGUCGAACGGUACAGCUUCGAUGAAAAUAAAUGGUCUAGCGUCUACCCUAUGUCGAUUCCACGUGCUAUACCGGCCGUGGCAGCUGCUGAUGGGUUAUUAUAUGUUGCUGGCGGAGAACAGCCGUGUGAAGCAACUUUCUAUCGAGCUCAGGUUACCAUAAGCGCUGUAGAAUGUUAUGAUCCUUUAACGGAUAACUGGAAGAGUUGUCCCGAUUUGCCGGUGAGUCGUUCGGAAGCAGGAGCCGUAGUUGUUUAACUUCUAAAAUAUCAAACAUCUAAGCUUUAAUUUGAUUACUUUACUUUAAACUCUUAUUACAUUUAUUUUUUAUCGUAUUAUCUUGAAG